AUGGCUUCAGUGCAUUCACAAAACGCAUCCCCGCAUUCUGCCUCCGUCUACGACUUCGAGUCUACUGGCGACACCGACGAAUCAUGGCAAUAUAUUGAUUACUCGAGCGGCGCAUCCGUUACGGGAUCGAUAGGAUUCCUCCCCAGCCCGGCAAGCGGCAGUUUGAACGGCUUCGCCAUUGUUGGCCAUGGUUCUACACCAUCUCAGGGCGGGCUCUCGCCCGGUUCUGUCGUCGACAUGGACCCUGCAGUCUUUCUCCCGGCCAGCACCACGUAUCAGCAGGAUACUGAGUUCAUAACCUCUAACCCUUUCCCGAGCACUGUUGAGGCCUCUACUACCAGUGUGGACGCGGCGUUUCCGCAGAACGAUGCGUUUUUGACGCCGCAGCAGUAUCUGUUUAUGCCGUCUGGUUCAUCGGAUUUCCAGCCGCAAGAUCUUAAUGAUCUUACAACACCUUUCAUGGACGAUUUCCAAGCCGAUCCGUUUUCUAUAAUCCAGACAAGUCCGGUACAACAGUCUCUGCCUCAGCGAAAUGCGCUCCAGUCACUGCCCUCGGAUCCCAGCCUAUCAUCAUGGCACCAGACGAGUCCCAGUAUUGCUUCCGAAAGCAAUUUUGUGUUUGAAGACAUGAUCUCUUCGCCAGGCAGUCAACUAAGCUUCGCCUCUUCCUCGAGCCCGAAAUCGCCUGCUGUCAAAUCCGAGGGGAGCGGCAAAUCAGGAAAGGCGAUGCGCAAAGUGAUUGGCGGCAAAGUCGAGAAAAACAAGAGCGAGUCCCCCAGCAAGUUUGUCAUCAUGACACCGACGACAAUCAAUGCCCGUGCUGGCAAGCCGAACCCUUUUGAGUGUUUCGAGGCCAUGAGGACGACACAAAAGGGCCGGAAAGGCCCCCUGGCGAAUGAGACGAAAGAGAGCGCACUGCAGGUUCGGAGAGUGGGCGCGUGCUUCUGCUGCCACAGCCGCAAAGUCAAAUGUGAUAAAGAGAGGCCGUGUAAGCACUGCAAGAAGCUUAUGAUUUCGGUUCCGCAGGUUGUGUGUUGGCAGUUCCAGGACUUUCUACCGGUGCUGUUUCCUGAUUUCAUUCGGGGCCACUUUAAGAGGGAUGCUAUGGCUAGCUUCAUCACCGAGAAUGUUGAGGGCUUCACAGUGAACGGGUCCGAACGACUCUGCAGCGUUGAGCUCUCUUCAGGCCCUCGAUUUGCGACUACGCUGACACUUCAAGCCAAGUUCUUUACGGCCAAGACGUGCGAUGUGUUACAGCACUGGCAUCUGAGCAAUGAGAAGAAUCAGGUUGAUCUUCAGUCCCAGGGCUCUGCUCCCAUUGGUAUCGAGUUUAACAAGGGCCCUCAAAAGGACGAAAUGAAAAAGUUGACCAAGGGAUACAUUCAGGCACUGGUGAAUGAACCGCUGCUGGCGGACCAGUUGACGGAUUCAUUCAGGUCCACCAGGCUUCCUAACAAAAUUCUUGCGAUUGUGCAAAACUUUGCAAAACAGUCAGAUUCUACAAUGGUUAAGCGCGCUCUUUCAAUCUAUACCAUGCAUUAUGUCAUGACACGGCAUCUCUGCUUAACCCGUCAGUCCAUCCUCGCCCUGCAGCCAACUGGACUGGUACCUCAGAACACUCCGUGGGUCACUCCCCGAGUACUCGCCCGGCAAAUCAAGUCCCUAGUCGACGAGCUCAUCCUGCGCGAUAUGCAAACCCUGUUUGAGCUCUUCUCCAAGUCACUUAAACCGAAGCUCCGACGAGAAUGGGCACCCUGUCUUGCAUCCUUCCUGGUCCUGUGCCUGUUCAUGGAAGCUGUUGAAACAGCCGCAGACAACUUUGUUGUAACGCAGAAUGAGAUUGAUUUAAGGAACACGUCCUCGCCCAAAUACCAGAGAUCGCUUGCGCAGGAUACGUGCAAGGAGCUAGAGAACAUGCCGUUCAAGCAGUUUGCGUACCAAUUCCACCACCUCUAUCAGACUCAUACAAAGGAUGCAAACACAAGGAGCUUCAAUCCUCUAUUCGACGACGCCUUUCUCGAACAGGGUGAACUUGACCCCCCGGCAGUGGAAAUGGUGCAGAACUUGAGAGAGCUUUUCCACGGAGAAGACUGGCAAGACAUGCAGUUUCUUGCUGAUGAUGAGCUCUUGCUUCACAGAGAGGAGCACCCCUAUCCUAUGGAUACAUCGUUCCUUUAUACUGGACGCCUGGUGGCCAAGUUUUUGCUGUCAUUUACUAACGAAAGCGUAAUCUUUGCAAGCAAGAUAUGA